CGUGGACAUUGGGUGCCGACACUCUCGGGAAUAGUCAAAGCUGGAGACGAAAACAUCAUAUCCUCUUCACUACUCAACGUUCAGCAUGGCACGCCAGGCGAACUCUCCCUUCAAGAUGUAUACGAAGCCUUUGCGCAUGAGCUGCGGAACCGCCCGGUUGCUGAACGCGGGACAUACACCUCAGAGAUUACCAGAUUUCUGGCUUCGACCAAGAAGGUGCAGCGGGCGCCAUCGGUCAGUGUUUCACCACCGAGCCGGCCAGAACUAUCCAAGCGAGCAUCACGAAAGUCGGUCGAUGUGAUUAGAAACUCAAUAGAUCUGGGAGAGCUGGGAAUCGGCCGGUCACGGUCCGUCAAGAAGUUAUCAUCGCCAGACUUGAUCCCGCUUUCAUACGGUCUUCCGUUUGAGGCUGGUGGCCCCGGAUCGAUACAUUCAUUCUGGGACCAGGACUUGCAGCACGCCUUGAUCUUCCAGGGACAUACCGCCGUGCCAGUGACAGGUCACGAACUUGCAGCACUGUCGGUCAUCCUAGGAAGCCCUGUGGAUAUCAGUCUGGAUGCUCAGAAUGAAAAGUGCGAAAGCUGGGCCAACACGUACAAGGGCGCUUUGGGUAUUUCAAUCGCAGCGACGGCGACGAGUGACGGAUCAUACCAUAUAUCACUGACAUCAAACAAGCGGAACAUCUCCCAACUUGCAGCCAAGGGUUCAAGUUACUCCACCCUCCACGCUAAGCAUCUUGCAUCGGGCUCGCUGCCAUUCGCAUCAGAUCGCAAAACCAUCAAUAGCAUCUUGAUCACUCCUGAAACUCUGGCACACCUGGAAGCAGGAGAGCAUCUGCAUCUGAAGGCAACCGGUGCGGACACCAAAGGAGCCCAGUUCCUUGCGCGACUUCCCAAUGCUCGCGCACCAAACUUUCACACGUUCGCAACUUCGGAGACCACAAAUUCCACAUCCCGACUCCUUCAAGCGAUAGGUGAUCUCGCUUUCACAGGCGGUUUUACUCCAUUCGCGAGCAUCCCCCUCAUCCAAACAGUCCAUUUUGUCGCUUCUGGCGGAGUUGAUCCAGGCCGUCUGCUCCAACGUCUAGACGCCCUCGUCGAGAAAGUCCACCGUCAGGCUCCACACCUCCAGCUCUUCGGUCCCCUCCUAGACGACGCCAACACACAUCUUCGCUUCCGCGCCAACGAGAGGCUUGCUAAGCUCGCCACGGGUACUGUCACCGAUGAACCACUCGCGGACAAGGUCGCGCGGAUGAGCCGCUACAUCACACUGCUGGGGCGUCUCAUGGCGAUCGUCCCAGACAUGCGGCCUUCCGACGUUCUUGAUGCUGUGAGGGAGGGUCUCAAGUCUGAGAUGGAGCGCUCAUAUGAGGACGCCGUAGCCGCGCACCUCAUCGGCAGGACAAUCCUUUCGACGCCGCUGUCUUCACGGAGCAAGCGCAACUCUAGCAUGCCGCGUAGGGACACCCGUAACAGGUCGAGACACUCGAACAACUCGUCCGGCACUGCCUCGCCUGACGGACCCGCAAGCCUUACCAGCGGUCGGUCAAGCUCUACGUUCCCCGUACACAACCUUGGUCGACAGGUGGAGGAUAUACUAAAAGGGAGCCUACCGAUGGACGUGCAGACUAUCAUCCACGUCGCGCGGCUAGUGCUUGUAGCGUGGACGUUGAGCGUGGAGGGUGUCGCGUGGGACGAAGGUGAGGUUGGGUUCAGGGUAGUGGACCCGGCGAAGCUGCCUGAGAAGAUGUACAUG